CGGCACUGCUAGAGUCAAUUAUUACGGUACAGAUAGACAAAUAUGACUGGUUUGGAUGCAAAAAAACACCAAUACAAAAGCAAUUGCACCAUAGAAAGCUGGAGAAGUAGAGAACCCUACAAAAGAGCCAUUGGACUACAAGUUUCAGGUGGCUGCCGCAUGUUUGAGAGGGUCACAGUUGAUUACGAAAAGCAAGCGGACGCGUGCGGUAUAUGAGACAAAGUUUUUCGGACUCUGAAUCCCUAAAACCCGUUUACUAUCAAUGGGUUGGCGAAGAUCUACACCCCAGAGCUGGUCAGCCUAAUGAUUAAUAACGCAAAAAGAAAAAAGAACUACAUGGUCCAAGGCACCCAAAAUAGUCAUUCGAAGCACCAGAGAAGCCGAAGUCUCCAGAGGCUCAGGGAAUUAUUUUUUUCUCCCUUUUUAGAGUUACCCAUUUUUCACGCAUGAACCUGGGGCAAUCGGCCAGCCUGCAGACACAAUGUCAUAUGUAAAGGAAUAUCCCUCCCUUAUCCAAGCCCCGGGUACAGGGAGGUGGCAGAUCUAUGGGUCAUGGAAUAUGAGCCGAAAGUGACGCGAGUUUGAAUGGAGUUGAGGUCGGCACCCACAGGAGUGACAGCUUAUCCAUGGUUGGGAGUUGCUUUUUCUGGCGGGGCUUUUGGGGAAAAGGUGGCGUGCUCGCACCAGGGGCCUCGAUGCGAAUGGAACUUGAAGAAAAAACUGUUUGAAAAAAAUGGAUCCUCUUUGAUGAAUUGAAUGAAGCAAGUACAUAUUACCCUUAUAUCAAAAUGUGGAUUUUUAUUUUCUUAAAAUUGUUUAUUAUUAUAUAAGUAGUAGUAUCCCGCCGUGCUGGGCUUUUGUAUGUUGUCUGUUAUCUCCCAGUAAUUAGUUCAAUAUGGCAAAGUCUAAAAAUUACGAAUUGUCCCAAUUAUACAGCUCCAGGCCGUAUAAGUCCCGUUACCAAAGACCCUGUGACCUUUGUCGAAAGCGAAAGACUUGUUGCAUCAUGAGUACCCAGUCAACUUGUUUAUCGUGCAUCAAAUCCAAUAAUGGCAAUUGCACUUUUAACGAGGGGCCUGUCCAGCGUCGAAAUCGAAAGGUGCCCGCUGUUACUUUACCGACCCAGCAGAUACCCCGCCAGCUUCCGGCUAGUUUUGAUAACCACUCGCCGAAGGUACGACCGGAGCUUGGGUCAAUUGGAAGUGGUGGAUCAAAUGGUAGCAGUGGAUCAAAUGGUAGCAGGGGAUCAAGUGGGAGUAGUGGGUCAAUUGGUAGUGGGAGUAUAUCAAUUGACAGUGGGAGUAUAUCAAUUGGCAGUGGGAGUAUAUCAAUUGGCAAUGGGGAAAGUGGCGGACUGACAGACGCAAGGGUACCUGCCAUUGGAUCUUUCACCACUAACCUCAUAUCUCCCACGACUGUCACCACUUUCACCACCGUCAUCACCGCCGUUGACACCCAGUCAACAUACCCACUUCUGGAAUUCACCCUAGAAGAUGGGCUGCUUCUACCAGCUGAACAGGUCCAAGAGCCUGACAUUCUUGAUCUUGAUUAUAUCAGCCCCACCUUCUCCAGUUUCGCACAGAUCGAGUUUGAAGAUAUGCUUCUGUACUACUAAUACCAGAGAGAUUGGGAGACUUGAAGCAUGGAAGUAUGCUCUAGAAGUACGAGAAAAUAUGGGAGUCCUCUGGACAGUACUUCUGCCUAUCGCCUGACCAGUAAAGUAACAAAAUGCAUAUCGCCAAUUACUUGGCAAUCCACAACUGUGACUAUCUAACGUCCAACACCUACAAUUUCGUCCACCUCCUGAGUCAUCUACAACCUGUCGAUCGCCUUCUGAGUCAUCCAACGACCCAACUCGUGAAUACCAUCGUCAAGUAAUUCGCCACUAUGCAUGACACUGAGAUUGUUGUAUUACUAAGGCAGUGACUAAUCUCCUAAAAAUAUACGAAAUAUUCCGCACAUAAAAUCCUCUGAAGUUCCACCAUAUUCCGUAGAGCAAUAAUUUUUGACUAUGUUCCUCGACCAAGAACAGAGUUAUAACGAGACUGAAGACUUCCACUUUAAGGAGGAAGACCUAAAGAAUGUUAAGGAAUUGCCCCUUUGGAAUAUUCUCCCCUCGUAUCAGAUGUACUCACAAUCUUUCUUUAAUCAACAACCAGAUCCACCCCACUACGAUGCCCCGUGUUCUGAGCUGAGCCGGUAUACCCCCGAUACUGGUGCCAUUUCGCUCUCGGUGUCGGCCGGUCCUAGCACCGUGAGCACCCAGGAUCUUCAAUCCCAGGCACAAUCGCAGUCGCAAUCCCUGGUAACCACCCACUCUCACUCGGAUUCCUCUCCAGAUCCUGCCAGAGUCACCUUUAAUGAUAAUGAGGGCCAUGGUUGGCAAAGCUCUGUUCUUGACCAUGUCAACAAAUUAAACAAUAUGACAGAAACCGACAACCAGUUCGCUAAGGCCAUUAAGAUCCAAACGUUCUAUACUGCUGAUAUUUGCAAAAUCAAUGAACCUCCAAAACUCAUCGACCCAUCCAAAUUCGAGUACAAACAGGGCGAUUACAUAAACGGGUACAUCAAAAUCGAUAAUAUCAGUGGCCUCAGAAUCCCAUUUAGAAUGUUCUAUUUGUUGUUGCAAGGCUCUAUCACUGUGGGUCACCAAAGGAAGACGUUCCUCGAAAUGUUCGACUUCCAUGGUAGUUUCUUGAAGUAUGUCUACAUCAAUCGUCUUGUCACAGAGUACACAAAUUCCGCCGUGUGCCCAUGUUUUGUGGAUAAUGAUGGCAGCUACAUGUCGUUCGCAUCUGAACACCUCGAACCUCAUACCAGUUACAAGCGGUUUUUCUCGUUCCGUAUCCCUAGCCACUUGUUGGACAAUGAGUGUCCCAGCUAUACCCUAAGCAGCCAUGUAAGACUCCCACCGUCGAUGGGAGACGUCAAGGACUUUGGCCUCGUGAACUCGCGCAUCGACUACAGUGUCAUUGCCACGUUCAUCGGGAAGGCCACCUCGUACCAGUUUAACCCGACUCAGGAAAAUGCGUUGGUGUUUAACGAACAUGGUGAUGAAUAUGUGAUUUUAAAAGACCUGAAAGCGCCUCUCCGAAUCGUCGAAGAGACACCCCCAGUGCAGGAGGGGGCUGCCAUCCACCAGGACUUGCUUCUUUCGAACUUGAUUAAGCGGAUAGACGAGCGGAUCCAAGUGGGCAACAAAUUGGCCCAGAUACUUGCCCACCAGAAAUUCCAGGAAAUCAGCCAAGUCGUAGAUGUGUUGGAGGAGCAGAUCGAACGCCAGAGCAGUAACAAACUUCAACAAUUAUACGUAAGAACCGAAAGAGAGAAGAGCCACAAGCCCAAAUUGAUCACUUUGGAGGUCAAUUCGUCAAGUAUGCUUUUGAAGAAAACGGCUCUUUUGACGGUGUCGACCCCCGACGUGAUAUACAAUUUACAAUACGUGCAGCCGAAGCCUAUCCGUGGUAAUGGGCUUCCUGAUUUGACUCUCUCGGUGCCGUUCAAGAUGCUGUGUCAAAGUUCCAGUAUGCCCAAACUCAAGUCAUUGAACGUUGAUUUCGCAUGCUUGACUAUCCUGUCAGCAACGCCAAUUCCACUUGAGUUCAACCAUAAAAUGCUCUUCAGGAAUCUGAAACCCGACCUGACGUAUUUCAACGACCACGACAACUUCCAAAGAAAUAUUGUCAACUUCUUCAAGGGGGAGUUUGAGCGGGUGAAGGAACUCAACAAGAAAGUCAACAUCGACAACCUCAAGUUUGAAAAGAGCCUUUUGGAUGACAUCAAGACGCUAGCGUUGCUCAAGGAAAAGACCGUCAACUUGACGGUGUUUGGCCCAACCAUCGUCCAGCACGGCUCGUCUACCACGCUGCCAGCCUGGAAUAAGGUGGAUUCCCAGUGGGAAAGUGAGUUUGAGCUCGGGCUCGAUUUUGGCAACCUUUCCACAAAGGGAACGCGGGUGCAAAAUCCCUUUGACACCUUCACCUUGGUGCCAGACUUUCAGAACUGUUAUGGGGCGAGGUUAUACUAUCUCAAGAUCCAGUUUGAGUUUCUGAACCAUCGGGUGUAUUUGAAGGUGCCGGUGCUGAUAGUGAAGAAGUAGAAAUUAAUAUAUGCUUUAAUAAUAGAGAAUUGAGAGUG